ACCCUCCAAACAACUUUCUCUCUCCUCGUCAUUGACUCCUAUAUAUGCUCUCACACUACAAACCCGUUUUCCCUUAACUCACAAUUCCCAAUUCAACUCCCACUCUUCUCAAUUCCCAAUUCACUUUCAUCUCUUUCUCUCAGCUAUGUCCCAAACCCUAACCCUAGCUCUCCCAACCCUCUUUCUCUCGCCGGAGAAUCGACUCCGUUCCACCGGCUCCGCCUCCGCUUCUUCCUCCCUCAGAUUUCGGCCGCCUUCGUCCUCCAAUCGAUGCAGAGUUUCCUCCGUCAAGGCUUUUGCCGUCACCGAAAGGCCCAGAACCACCGCCGGGAGCUUCUACGAGAUCCUUCGCGUUAAGAGCAACGCUUCUCAGACCGAGAUCAAGAUGGCUUACCGGAACCUAGCGAAGCUAUACCAUCCCGACGCUUCUUAUUCCGCCGAGUCAGUCUCCGACGGCCUUGAUUUCAUAGAGAUUCACAACGCUUAUGCUACGCUAUCUGAUCCUUCGGCUAGGGCUAUGUACGAUAUGUCUUUGGGUAGCCAUUAUCCGAGGUCGCCGUUGUCUUCUUCGUAUGGGUUUAGCUCUACUCGGAGAUGGGAAACCGAUCAGUGCUGGUAGAGAUAUAAUAUUGUCUUCUUCUUCUUCUUCUUCUUCUACGAUUUGGGCUAAUGUAUAUCUUUUCAAGUUUUGGCCUUUAUUUUUGUCUUUUUCUCAUUUUUCUCAUAAACCCAAUUCAUAUUACCAAAAAAAAUGAGUAUUUGUAAAGAAAAAGAUGCCAUUUUUGACAAUGGCAUUGUGGAGAGAAAUUUAUGUAUAUACUGAUUCUACCAUUUUCUUCUUUGUUAUUGUUCAAUUUUUUUCCCUCCUGAAAAGUGGGAUUUUUUUUUUUUUUACUAUAUCUUCAAUGUAUGCAAAAGAUGCCUUCUUUUUCUUCUAGAAAAGUUGGAACUUUGAAUGAAUGGUACAUUUUGUUCUCUUUGCACCAUAAA